GCGCGCGGCUGGAGGGAGGCGGUGGCGGGGCGGCGAGUUCGAGUCCCAGUCCCGCCUCCGCUAGCCUGGCCGGGGAGCGACUUCUUAGGGCCGCUGUAAUCCGCCCGGGAGCGGCGACGGUGGUGGGGGAGGUUUGGGUUUUCUUCCCCCCGUUUCUUCCGCGGAGGCCGCGGCUUUCUCCGUGGGGCGCCGGCCCGCCGGGACAGAGUUGCCCAGGAGUUUGUGCGGACUUCGGGCCCCGGCCCCCGCCCCGCCGCCGCCAUGCCCGUCUUCCACACGCGCACCAUCGAGAGCAUCCUGGAGCCGGUGGCGCAGCAGAUCUCCCACCUGGUCAUCAUGCACGAGGAGGGCGAGGUGGACGGCAAGGCCAUCCCGGACCUCACCGCCCCCGUGUCGGCCGUGCAGGCCGCUGUCAGCAACCUGGUGCGGGUUGGAAAAGAGACUGUGCAGACAACAGAAGACCAGAUCUUGAAAAGGGAUAUGCCACCUGCAUUUAUCAAAGUGGAGAAUGCAUGCACCAAACUUGUUCGGGCAGCCCAGAUGCUGCAAGCAGACCCUUAUUCCGUCCCAGCUCGUGACUAUCUCAUUGAUGGAUCGAGAGGCAUCCUUUCUGGAACGUCAGACUUGCUUCUGACAUUCGAUGAAGCUGAGGUCCGUAAAAUCAUCCGUGUCUGCAAAGGAAUUUUGGAAUAUCUGACUGUGGCGGAAGUAGUAGAGACUAUGGAGGAUUUGGUGACAUACACAAAGAAUCUAGGGCCAGGAAUGACAAAGAUGGCCAAAAUGAUUGAUGAGAGACAGCAGGAGUUAACGCACCAGGAACAUAGGGUUAUGCUGGUAAACUCCAUGAAUACUGUGAAGGAGCUAUUGCCAGUACUUAUUUCAGCUAUGAAGAUUUUUGUGACCACAAAAAAUUCUAAAAGCCAUGGAAUAGAAGAGGCUUUGAAAAAUCGCAAUUUCACAGUAGAGAAAAUGAGUGCUGAGAUAAAUGAAAUAAUCCGUGUAUUACAACUCACUUCUUGGGAUGAAGAUGCCUGGGCCAGCAAGGACACUGAAGCCAUGAAAAGAGCUUUGGCCUUAAUAGAUUCAAAGAUGAACCAGGCUAAAGGGUGGCUGAGAGAUCCAAAUGCACCUCCAGGGGAUGCUGGUGAGCAAGCAAUAAGGCAGAUCCUUGAUGAAGCUGGAAAAGCAGGAGAACUGUGUGCAGGCAAAGAGCGCAGAGAGAUUCUGGGAACGUGCAAGACACUGGGCCAGAUGACGGAUCAACUGGCUGAUCUCCGAGCUAGAGGACAGGGUGCUACACCAAUGGCUAUGCAGAAAGCGCAGCAGGUGUCACAAGGUCUGGACUUGCUCACUGCAAAAGUGGAGAAUGCAGCUCGCAAAUUGGAAGCCAUGACAAACUCUAAGCAGGCAAUUGCAAAGAAGAUUGAUGCUGCUCAGAAUUGGCUAGCAGAUCCUAAUGGGGGCAGCGAAGGAGAAGAACAUAUUCGGGGAAUUAUGGCUGAAGCAAGGAAAGUUGCAGAACUGUGUGAAGAGCCUAAGGAAAGAGAUGAUAUCCUUCGCUCCUUGGGAGAAAUCUCUGCUUUGACAGCUAAGCUGUCAGAUCUACGAAGACAUGGAAAAGGUGACUCUCCAGAGGCCCGUGCACUGGCUAAGCAAAUAGCUACGUCACUUCAAAAUUUACAGUCCAAAACAAACAAGGCUGUAGCAAAUACUAGGCCAGUUAAGGCAGCUGUCCAUUUGGAAGGCAAGAUUGAGCAAGCUCAAAGGUGGAUUGACAAUCCUACUGUUGACGAUCGGGGAGUAGGCCAGGCAGCAAUUCGGGGACUGGUUGCGGAAGGUCGUCGUCUAGCCAAUGUCAUGAUGGGACCUUACCGUCAAGACCUGCUUGGCAAAUGUGACCGUGUAGAUCAGCUGGCUGCUCAGCUAGCCGACCUUGCAGCAAGAGGGGAGGGCGAGUCUCCUCAGGCUAGGGCGAUCGCUGCUCAGCUUCAGGACUCGCUCAAGGAUCUUAAAACACGGAUGCAAGAAGCAAUGACCCAGGAGGUUUCUGAUGUUUUUAGUGACACUACAACUCCCAUCAAAUUGUUAGCGGUAGCAGCCACUGCUCCUUCUGACACUCCCAAUAGGGAUGAGGUGUUUGAUGAAAGAGCAGCAAACUUUGAAAACCAUGCUGCCAGACUGGGAGCUACAGCAGAAAAAGCAGCUGCAGUUGGAACAGCUAAUAAAACUACUGUGGAGGGCAUUCAGGCAACUGUGAAAUCAGCAAGAGAGCUUACCCCGCAGGUAGUGUCAGCUGCCCGGAUUCUUCUGAGAAAUCCUGGAAAUCAAGCUGCUUAUGAGCAUUUUGAGACUAUGAAAAACCAAUGGAUUGAUAAUGUAGAAAAAAUGACAGGCUUGGUGGAUGAAGCCAUUGAUACUAAGUCUCUGUUGGAUGCAUCAGAAGAGGCUAUUAAGAAAGAUCUUGAUAAAUGUAAAGUUGCAAUGGCCAAUAUUCAACCUCAGAUGCUGGUAGCUGGUGCAACCAGCAUUGCUAGACGAGCAAACCGCAUCCUACUGGUUGCAAAACGGGAAGUUGAAAAUUCAGAGGACCCUAAAUUCCGGGAGGCUGUUAAAGCAGCCUCUGAUGAGCUAAGCAAAACUAUAUCACCAAUGGUAAUGGAUGCGAAAGCUGUGGCAGGAAACAUUUCUGAUCCUGGUUUGCAGAAGAGUUUCUUGGAUUCUGGAUACAAAAUCUUGGGAGCCGUAGCCAAAGUCAGAGAAGCCUUCCAGCCUCAGGAACCAGAUUUUCCUCCUCCUCCUCCAGACCUUGAGCAGCUUCGUCUGACUGAUGAGCUUGCUCCUCCAAAACCACCACUACCAGAAGGUGAAGUUCCCCCACCCAGACCACCACCACCUGAAGAAAAGGAUGAAGAGUUCCCAGAGCAGAAAGCAGGAGAAGCUAUUAAUCAGCCCAUGAUGAUGGCUGCUAGGCAGUUGCACGAUGAAGCUCGGAAAUGGUCUAGCAAGCCUGAUGUGACUGUGAUUAAUGAAGCCGCUGAGGCUGGUGUAGAUAUAGAUGAGGAGGAUGAUGCAGAUGUUGAAUUCACUCUCCCCUCUGACAUUGAAGAUGAUUACGAGCCUGAGCUGCUGUUAAUGCCAACCAAUCAGCCUGUUAACCAGCCCAUUCUGGCCGCUGCUCAGUCUCUACAUCGAGAAGCAACCAAGUGGUCUAGUAAGGGUAAUGACAUCAUUGCUGCUGCUAAGCGGAUGGCGCUGCUGAUGGCAGAGAUGUCUCGCCUGGUGAGAGGAGGGAGUGGAAACAAGCGUGCCCUUAUUCAGUGCGCAAAGGAUAUUGCUAAAGCAUCGGAUGAGGUCACUCGGCUGGCCAAAGAGGUGGCGAAGCAAUGCACUGACAAGCGCAUCAGAACAAACCUUUUACAGGUCUGUGAGCGAAUCCCAACCAUCAGUACACAACUCAAAAUCCUUUCCACUGUCAAAGCUACCAUGCUGGGCAGAACUAAUAUCAGCGAUGAAGAAUCGGAACAGGCAACUGAAAUGUUGGUUCAUAAUGCCCAGAACCUCAUGCAGUCUGUGAAGGAAACUGUGAGAGAAGCUGAAGCAGCUUCAAUUAAGAUUAGGACAGAUGCUGGAUUCACCCUUCGCUGGGUCAGAAAGACUCCGUGGUAUCAGUAGGCACUUGCCACAUGAGUAUUGUUUUCUGUAACAUAAAAUGCCUUUUUUUGGAAACAAGAAAAAUAUUAACAGCAACAGGUGCUGUAAACAAGCCUAAAAUUAGCUUAUGCUAAUGCCCCAUUCUAAGGGUAUCAAUUAUAUGAAUAUGCAUUUCAAGUAUUUUUGGAAAGCAUUUGGUAUCACACAAGUCAAAAUUGCUUUCAGUAGUAGACAGUUUUUAUCCUUUGUUUGCUUUUGAAGAUUCUCUUCAUGAAUUCUGUAAUCCCAGAAGCACAUUUCAUUUAUGCACUGUAUAUUCCAGUAGUUUCCAUGUGAUAAUACAUGGACUUCACUUUGAGCUUGUACUGAAAGUCUAGGACACUAACUGUGUUACUUAGCAGUGAUACAGGGACAAUCAUUGAUAUAUAAACAUUCAGCUUUUCAAUAGAAUUUUAGUUAGCCGUUCUUAAAUCAUGCAGAAGUGUUUUUUUUU